UUGAUAAUUUAUCAACUAGGCGCUCAUUUAACCGUAACCGAUGAUUGUAAAAGCAUUUAUCACCAUAAAACCAUAAAAGUUUACGUAUGAGAACGUAGUUGGAGCGGUAAUUUUGUCGAAAUUGUCAAAGUUUAUAACGGCGGUCUGGGUUCUGGUUUUUUUGCAACGAUUGGCUUCUUUGGCGUGAUGCGUCGAGGUCGCAUCUUUAAAAGGAAAAAAUCUGAUGGGCUUUCUAGAAAGCUGAACUGUCUCGCUUAAUUCUCUUCGCAUUUGAUUAUUUCCAUCGUUAUUUGACGUGGCCUUUGAGCGGGAAACCCAAGCGUUGAAACGUGAAAAACGGGCGCUGUUUAGGCGCGAUCCUGACGUCGAACGGGUGUAGCCAGGCACCGGCAAAGUUGGCAGCCGCGACAAGCGAACUGGUUGACAAUAUUUCAACGGCCGGCACCGAUCUAAUAUGCCUUGAUGACGGAGAGUGUGAUUUAAUCGCUUUGAAGGAUAUUACGCAACAGGAAUCGCUUAUGCAAACACCGUCGGUAUGUGGCAAUGUGGAUGUGGUCAUCAGUAUGGAACGUAAAGAUAUGAGUUUAUUGUCGAGAACGCCGGCGCGGAAUGGCUGUUCACCGUUUAGUGGCGGGAUUAUGGAGCUGCGUGAUGAUCCGGAUGAUUUAUUUGAUGAACGAUUUGACUGUGAAAUUCGCACACCGGAGGCCAUGUCGGAUUCGGAAGAUGUGCCGGUGAAAACACUGCUGGAUAGCCCGCUGACCUUUAAGCAGCGCGUUAUCGCCGCGCGCGAACGCUUUCGGGAUUACGAGAACAGUGCGUCCAAGGAGAUGGAUGAUUUCCUCAAACUGAUCAUUCCCACACCGCAGUCCAUGACCCGUUCGACCAGUUCCUCCGGUAUCUCCUCGCGAUCUCCCGAUUCGGUGGUGCUGCUGGAUUUGGCAUCAUCCAGCCCGAGCAGUGCCCAUUCGGAAUACAAUCUCAACCGUCAGAAUUCGCUGUUGCGCCGCAAACCGGAAGAGUUGGGUUCGGGAGCGUUGGCGGAGAUUGCCCGUCGCGCCCAGGCACAGGAACGGGAAAUGUUGGAGGCUGGACGGGAGCUGAUGCGGAAGAUUAAGGAGCGACGCAGUUCACCCAGUACGCCGUGUUUGGAGGGAGAGAAGAGUGUGGUUGGGGAUGAUGGUACCGUCGCGUCGCCAACGAUUCCGUCGAGACUGGUUUUUGGAUCGAGUCCGGAAAUGCCUAUCGCUGCUCCAAAGCAAUCUUUCAUUCCACCUCCCAGCAAAAUCCCCUCCCCGCCCAAAUCCGCACUGAAGAGUUCUCCCAAAGGCGUGGCUCAUGUGAAUUUCGCUCCGUUCCCAACUGUUCUCAAUCCCAGUCCGUCCAUUCCCGCUAAUCACAUCACAAAUGCAGAAACUUCAGCUGAAUCGAGUGUAGCCACGGAGAAAUCGCAGAUUGAACCGGAAGUUGUAGGAAAAUCACUCAUGGGAGUUCCCAGAACCGGAUCGAUUAGCUCAGAUGCUGGGAAAAGCGGGAAGAUUGUUCCUUUAGUUAAGAAAUUAUCCUUGCCCAAUGUUGCGGUUGGAAAAAUUGCAAAAUCUAUGGAAAGCCUGCCGAAGAUGGCAAAACCGGCGGAGGUUCCGGCCAAAAUCGCCAAGCUGCCGGAAAAUCCGUUGAACUGGCCGGCACGAAGUGCCGUGUGCAGUCGAUCACUUCGCAUGCCCAAACUGCCGGCGGAGAACAUUGUCAAGGGUGUUGCCCGCAUGAGCUUCCGGGAUUCCGCGCAGAAGGGCACAUAUAACACGAAGAAAACGGAGAAGACCGCCGCGGAGCCCUUGAAAGCCGUGCAUGAUAAGAAAAUCCCCGGUCGCUUCACCUUGACCCCGGCGUUGGCGGAAUCCGUGGCCCGCUUGUCCACGCCGAAGAAGCCGUCGCCUAAGACCUCACCGGAAGAGAAACCGGUCAGUCCGCUGGAUUUUGGCAGUCUGCUGCGCGCCAAGACCCCGUCGCCGCCCAAGAAGGAGAACAGCGCGACGAAGCGGCGUUUAUCGUUUAUGCCGUCGACGGCGACCGGUGGAGCGGGGCGAAGGUGACGGCCAGUGCGGGGCGGGUGCCGGCCGGACGGUUGAGCUUGAAGCCGACGGUGGCGCUAACGGAGAAUCUGCCGUAUCGAUGGAAUGGGGCGAAGGCUGACACGCGCCCCAGCGGACCGGUUGCCAGACCGGCGGCCAGUCGUAACGGCAGUGUGGGAAGUGAUAAUGAGAAUUUGUUGAUUGACCUGUGAGCGAUGUGGACCAGGAGUCACUUUUUUGUUGGAUGUGCAAGAUUUUGGGAGGAUUUUUUGUCUCAGCUCGGCGGUAGUUAUUUAUUUUUCCUGCGCUGGCGUUGUGAUUUUUUGUGAGAAGGAAAUUCAUUGUUUUUGCGGACCAAUAUUUAUGGUAAAAUUUGCUGUUGGAUCUGACUAGGAAAGGUUGGCUUUUGGGUACGUACUCGGUACUCGUACAAAUUGUUCCCGUGUCAGUAGAGUGCGGUGGAUUUUCUAUUUUUCAGCUUUGACUGCUUUGGAAAUUCUGGAACUCUUGUACAAUAAUUUGAAUAAAUUUUGCUGGUUAUUG